AUGGUGAAGAAUGUAAGCUGUCCAAGAUAUCAGUGGGUGGAGAAAAGAAAGGCACAUCGGAUUUUUGGCAUUCCACGCAUGUACAAAUGGCUGACGUCGUAUUACCCUACAGUGAGAGAAGAGCUAAUUACAAAUGAGAAGCAGAAAGAGGUGGAUAUCUUUUAUGUGGACAUGAAUGGAGUGAUACAUCACUGCACACAUGCGAACAAGGAGACAUUACCUCUGCAUGAUGAACACGAGUUGUUGUCGAAUAUUCUGAACUAUUUGAAGAAUCUGUUUCAUUUAGUGAAACCAAGGAAGUUAGUUUAUGUCGGGGUCGAUGGGGUGUCCCCUAAGGCCAAGAUGAAUCAACAAAGGAAAAGACGCUUCCUCAGCUUAUUCAAGGUCAGCGAUAAUUCUAACGGGGCUAACUUGUUUAAUCCUAACUGUAUCACUACCGGCACCGACUUCAUGUACAAGAUUAACCUCGCUCUGAACAAGUGGUUCCAGAUUUUGAAGAAGAAGGGGAUCUUCCCCUUCGACGUGAUCUUCUCCGGGUCGGAUGUCCCCGGGGAGGGUGAGCACAAAAUUUUGAAGUUCAUUCGGGAGAACUGCAAGCGCGACGGCGGCUUCCGAAACUACAGCCACUGCAUCUAUGGACUGGACGCCGAUCUCAUUAUGCUGUCACUCGUCACGCACCUUAACAACAUCUUUAUUCUGAGGGACAAGUACAAAAUGAACAACGACUCGCACGUUGCGCUGCUGGAAAAUUUGGAGAUGAUGCAGCGGGAUUUUAGCCAGCCUAGGGAGGAGGCGGCCACACAUGGGGGGAACGCAGAGGAUACCACUGAGGGGGGAAACCGGGAAGAUCCCAUUCAGGGGGGCAGUGAAGACGAUACCAAUCAGGCGGACUCCACUCUGCGCACCGUUCUCCCUCCCCCGGAGAGAUCCCCCUUCUGCAGAGUCCACCACUACACGCAGGACUACUACGCCAACUGCGAACCGCUCAACAGUUACGACUUCGAAAUUUUAGAUGUGUACAAAUUGCGCAACUCGAUAAGAACGCAGAUAGCAACCUACAUAAAUAAAUUGAAAAAAGAAAAAAAUGUCAUCUUUAACAUCAACCGAGUGGUAGACGAUAUUGUCUUCCUCUCCUUCCUAGUAGGAAACGACUUCCUCCCACACAUUCCAAACAUCGAUAUUAAUGAAGGAUCCAUGAAUGAGAUUCUAAAUGCGUACAUAUACUACAUAUAUAGAUACAACAACUACAUAACGCUUAAGGACAAGGUCCAUAUUCAGAGGCUUAAGAUUAUCCUAAAAAUUUUAAGUGCCCAAGAGUUUUCCUACUUUCUGAAGAGAGGAAAUCAGGAAAACGUCAUUGAAUUCACCGAUGAGGGCAAGUACAAGGGUUACUAUUACCUACAGAAGUUUGGCGUGGAGGACCCCAAGCAGAUCCAGCACAUUGUGAAGAAAUAUAUUGAGGGCCUCUUCUGGAAUCUGCACUAUUACCACUUCGGAUGCGCCAGCUGGUAUUGGGAGUACCCCUACCAUUACGCGCCCUUGUGCAGCGAUUUGCUCUCCUUUGAGAAGUCCGAUUUUUUUUUUGAAAAGGGAAAGCCCUACUCGGCCUACACGCACCUGAUCAGCGUGCUGCCGCAGAAAGACAACAAUCUCCUUCCCGAGGCGUACAAAAAUAUUUACUCCGAAGACGAGGUGAAGUCCUUCUUCCCAGAGAACGUCCGAAUCGAUCCCAAUGGAAAAAAAGAAACGUGGGAGUACAUCGUGCACCUCCCCUUCAUAAACUGCAACACGAUAAACAAGAUAAUUACGGAGCGCAGUAAAAAGAUUUCGAAGCUCAAAUACAAGUUGAGGUAA